AAAACGGUCCCAGAUCCAUCCGCCCCCUCAGAAAGUUGCAGAUUUUUUAGGGUCUGAUCCCCCUCACUGAAACUCUGGGACCCCUUUGCCUGAGGAAGAGGAAUUGGAGCGGGGAAAAGGCGAGUGUGUUCCAGAACAGGGAUCUUUUUCUCGGGACUACUUUGGAAGGCGGAUGGACACGUUAGUUUUGGUGGGCGGGGCCUGUGUGCCCAGAGACGGUAUAAAUACGGGAGGGUGUGCGUCAUUUGGCAGAUUCCAGCUUUAUCGCCGCUGGAUACAUUUUACAGAGUCAUCGCUCAGGGCCGCAGACGUCAACAUGCAGAUCUUUGUGAAGACCCUGACUGGCAAGACCAUCACCCUUGAGGUUGAGCCCAGUGACACCAUCGAGAACGUGAAGGCCAAGAUCCAGGAUAAGGAAGGCAUUCCCCCAGACCAGCAGAGGCUGAUCUUUGCUGGCAAGCAGCUCGAAGAUGGGCGCACCCUGUCAGACUACAACAUUCAGAAGGAAUCCACUCUUCACCUGGUGCUGCGCCUGAGGGGAGGAAUGCAGAUCUUUGUCAAGACCCUGACUGGCAAGACCAUCACCCUGGAAGUCGAGCCCAGUGACACUAUUGAAAAUGUGAAGGCCAAGAUCCAGGAUAAGGAAGGCAUUCCUCCAGACCAGCAGAGGCUGAUUUUCGCUGGCAAGCAGCUCGAAGAUGGGCGCACCCUGUCAGACUACAACAUUCAGAAGGAAUCCACUCUUCACCUGGUGCUGCGCCUCAGGGGUGGGAUGCAGAUCUUCGUGAAGACCCUGACUGGCAAGACCAUCACUCUUGAGGUGGAACCCAGUGACACCAUUGAGAACGUGAAGGCCAAGAUCCAGGAUAAGGAAGGCAUUCCCCCAGACCAGCAGAGGCUGAUCUUUGCUGGGAAGCAGCUGGAAGACGGGCGCACCCUGUCCGACUACAACAUUCAGGGGUGGCUGUUAAGUUCUUGUGCAUCUUGCUUGACACCAGGAUUGCCAGUGGCACUUGUGUUUGCACUGUAGUUCUUCAAUGUCUUAAGUUAAUGCAAGGUUAAUGCAAGCUUGAAUAACUGCUGAACAACUGUCUGUUGAAAUGCUAAUAAAGUUUUCUGUUGCACAUUACACCCUGUAGUCUGUCUCAGUUCAAGCAGGUGAAACUGGUGUAUUAAGUGAAAUGCUUUGGCUUCUUCCAUGGCAGUUUAUUCCUCUUUGCAUGUAUGAUGAGGACCAACCUUGUGGUUAAAAUGGAUCUGGAUUAAAAUAUUAAUGAAGUGCUAAUAA